UCGCCGACCAUCAACAAUGGACAACAGCGCAACGGACGACAUCUCGUCGUCCCCACGGAGAAUGCCCCCCCGCCGCCACCCACAACAAGCACAACGACACCAACGACUCCGACAACAGCCGCGCAAUUUCCAUCCUCGGCUGUCACCGUCAUACUCUCAGCCAACGACAACAUCACGAAUAACAUAGCAAAUACCGACGCGAGAUACGACAUGCUGCAUCGGGCCUCUUCACCUUCGGCAGUGCCACCUAUGGUGCCUCGAGCCCACAGUACGAGGGGUCUACACCGGAUACCCCCGGCUUUACCCGAAAAAACAUCCGCCCGACUGACAUCAUCGAGCUCUUCCAUACCACCGGUACUCCCACCUCAAACUGCUCCGAAGCCACCAAAGGGCCCCAAAGAGGGUAGCGGUUGUCCGAAACCCGACCACCUCUACGAGAACACGAUUAACAUCCCCGGGACCAAGCAACACGUCGUCAAGAACAUCAACGUCGAGGCGCGACUGACGUCACUAAUGAGAGACAAGGAUGAUAACGGGCGGCCGGUACCGAAGACAACCGAUUCCGCUGCCUACGAAAAUAUCAAUGUCGAACACAUCUCCAGACUAAUGGCUCUAGGUUUUGCCCAGGACGCCGUGAUACGGGCACUCGGUAUUACGAGGAACGACCUCGAAAUGGCUUGUGACAUUCUUCACGAAUUCGCUCAGAAGUCAUCCUGA